GCUGUGGAAGGAUGGGCGGAGCAUGAAUGCUGUACGAGGAAGUUGUUGAAAGCGGUAACCGCAGCACUUGCCGGUCAAGUCUGUCCUGGCGGUCACCAGUCAUAGUUUAGCAAAAAAAAAGAAACAACAAGACAAACAAACAAAACCAUGAAGAUCUGGACGUCGGAGCAUAUUUUCAACCAUCCAUGGGAGACUGUGACCAAAGCAGCCAUGCAGAAGUAUCCAAACCCCAUGAACCCCAGUGUAUUUGGGGUAGAUGUGCUAGACCGCAGCGUGGACCAGCAAGGCCGCCUUCACAGCAAACGCCUGCUCAGCACAGAAUGGGGCCUCCCAUCUAUUGUUAAAUCAAUAAUUGGUAAUGCACGAACAUGUACAUAUGUUCAAGAGCACUCCGUUGUGGAUCCUAAAGAGAAAACUUUGGAACUUAAGUCAACAAAUAUCACGUUUACCAACAUGGUCUCUGUGGAUGAAAGGCUCAUCUACAGACCGCAUCCUGAAGACCCAGAAAAGACUGUGCUGACACAGGAAGCUAUUAUCUCUGUGAAGAGAGUCAGUUUGAGCAGCUACCUGGAGGGGCUUAUGGCAAACACCAUCUCAACCAAUGCAGGAAAGGGUCGUGAAGCAAUGGAGUGGGUUAUCAGGCGUCUGAAUGCAGAGAUUGAAGAGCUGGCCAUCACAGCAAGAGGAACCAUACGGACACCCAUGGCUGCAGCAGUCACAGACAAAUGACCUUUGCACAUGUCUGCAUUCCUUGCUUUAUCACUGAGGAUCUCCUAAAUAUCAUGCUAUUUCUCCCUUGCUCUGUUUAGAGUAUCCCUCUCUGUCACUGUGCUUUCCUUUUACAUAAUUUUUUUCCAGUUUGUGGAAAAAUGUUCCCUCCAGCUCCCUCAUGAUACAGCAUCUAUAUUAGAGGCUAGAGGGAUGGUAAAUGACAGAGGGAGUUUCUGCUUUUUAAAAAACAGAGAAAAAAAAACAACACAACAUUGGUGGUAAGGCUGACUAAGACUGUUUAGUGAGGAACAACCAGCUGAACAAGCAGGAUGUGUGAACAUCAACCAGUAUAGUAUUCACAACAGUGAGAUCAUUCCCUGUAAAAGACCCCACCUCAACAUCAUGUGGUCUGCUCCACUGUAGGUUACAUACCCUUACGUUCUUACUGAGUGUAUAUAACAGAUGUCUGAUUUCACCAGACAGCAAGCAAUUUAUUUUUUUCACUUUCUUUUAAAGAAAAAGUUCAACUGCAGAUAUGUAAACUUGGCUAAACACUUAAUGAAAACUAUUAUCCACCAGCCAGUGUGUAUUUCGUACCAGGUUGUGCAUGGCUUUUAGCUUUAAUUCAGUCUAAAAGAUAGCAAUUUGGUGCAAAGACUUCCUUUCAGCUUUUGAACGUGUUCAAAGGAUAUUUGUGUGACAUGCAGUGCAAUGAAGGUCAGCUGGUCGUGGCUGGAUGUGGUGGUGGUUGUUAUAUUUUUAUAAUGAUAAAUGAUCCUCGGUUAAUCUAAAGUGGCACACAUUGUACUGUCGGUUGUUCAGCAUGGACUGUUCUGUUUAGUGGAGUCUCAUCAGCACCCACACUUGAAUACUGAGCUAGACAUCAGUAUUAUUAUUACUAUUAUUAACCUUUAUGGGCUCAAUACAGUUUAUGCAGUUAAGUACAAUAAAGGGAACAAACUAAUUUAGAUGAUCUGAUGUCAUGUGAGGAAGUUUCUCUGUUGUAGGUUCAGAGAGCACCUGUGAGCUAAUUACACUGAUUAUGACAGUCUGCAUCACUUUGUUUGACUGCUUACCUGUAUUGAAGGCAAUUCAUUUUGAACGGAAUAACUUGGUCAAACUUGCAUUGACAAAUUAUUGAAAUAGCAUCGCUCAGAAUGCAGUGCUGGUUCCUCUGCAGUUAAUGCAGGUGGAGCCUUUCACCGGAAAAUAAUAUUCUGGUAUAUCCCAUCACAGUGUUGAAAUUAGCUCAGUCCAAGGUAUAAAAAGAUUUCUGAGAUGAGUGUUUCUAGAAUUUUUAAAUAGUUCAGCUCGAUCUCAGCAGAGACGAGUUGAGAAAAUGAAGCUGAACUUUGCACUAAUCUGCAGACUGUUGCUGUAUGUUCAUAGCCUAAAACGUCAACUUAUUUUUGCUUUACUAUGUUUCAGUAAAGUGUUGUUUUUAAGCAACAUGAUGAGCAUUGUGAAAGAUGUUACUGUGUCUCUACAGUCAUAUCAGUGACUUUUGGCUAGUUUCCCAGAUAUGGACUAAGCCUGGAUUUGGACUAAAUUGAAGUACCAGUAGUGAAUCACCAUUGGAAAUUCUUUUUAGUCUAUGAUCAGCUUUUAUCUGGCUUUGAGAAAUUAGCCAUAGAGUUUAACAUAAAAUAGUCACGUCAUAGAGUAAUUGCUUUUUAAGGUACUAUUGUGGAAUGGAAAAUUAAAUCACAGGGGGGAGUCCUAACGUUAGACAAUUUUUUUUUUUCUCUGUGAGGCCAAACAAGUAGAACAGGAAGUGGGAGGUGUUAAGGAACAGUGCAUUGCUUUUGCUUACUUAUUGGCUAAUCCAACCAAGCUUUGGUAGUGGAGGGUAAAAUACAAUCUAUUUAUUUAUUUAUAAUUGUUAUUUCUUAUAGUGGUCGUUUAUGCAUCAGUUUAAAAAUGCAGCUUUAUGCUGUUAAGUUGUAGGUGGUUUCUAAAAGUGCAAAAUCUAGUUUACAUUUUUAGUGGAUUAAAAUUUACCUCAUCUUGCACUUGAUGCUAGUAUCUUUUAACAGUUGGCCAUUAAGUGUUACAGCACACCUUUAAUAUAUACCUGCUGAUAACAUUAUAAUUACUGUUAAUAUAAUUACAAAACAUAUGGGGUAUAUAAUGGGUAUUUUGUCUAAAAUAAGAAAGCAAAACAAAUUUUCAGAUUGUUGAGGAAUGUAUGUAUAAGGUAUAAUACAUUAUUUUGUAUAUAAGUUUAUUUGAACAUAUGUCUUGUCUUCUCAUGCCGAUGAUAAGUAUUGGAAACCAGUCAGGCUCAGGUCCUUUCUGUAUUUGCUCCAAGAAACAGAACUUUACUGUUGCUGUUUAUAGGCAUUACUGAAAUAAAAUCUUGAGUUUGA